AGGACAGCUGCGUGCCGGUUAAGGACCCCCCGAAAUGCCAAGAUGGCUGCGCCCAUGGAAGACACCGGGGAGUUUGAAAGUUGGCUAAAUGAGCGUCUGGAUUCGCUAGAAGUGGACCGCGAAGUGUACGGAGCGUACAUUUUAGGAGUGCUGCAAGAGGAGGAGAGCGACGAGGAGAAAAAAGACGCGCUUCAAGGGAUUUUAUCCGCAUUUCUGGAUGAGGACACGCUUGAAGAUGUCUGCAAACAAAUUAUUAAGCAGUGGGCGGAGUACUGCAGCCACUCUGCAAACAAAAGGGACGCCGGAGACGUUGAGGUCCAGGCCAUUGCCAGCAUGAUCGAGAAACAAGCUCAGAUUGUGGUCAGACAAAAAGAAGUGACGGAGGAGUCCAAAAAGAGGAAAGAGGCACUCUUGGCGCAGUAUGCCAACGUUACCGACGAAGAAGAUGAAGGAGAAGAGGAGGAGUCUCCAGAUGGCAACGUCGGAAAAGACAAGUCCAUGUUCAAGAACACCAACGUGGAGGAGGUUCUGAACAGGCAAAAGCAGAAGCGGGAUCAAGCCCGUGAAGAUGCUCAGAAGAAGAAAGAGAUGGACAAGAUGCAGAGGGAAAAGGACAAGCUGGCCAAACAGGACAGGAAGGAGAAGGAGAAGAAGCGGACACAGAAGGGUGAACGCAGAAGAUAAAAACAGGGGAAAAGGACAUUUGUACGUGUGUGGGAAAAAAAAAAUUAGGACGUUGCAGUCCUGUGUGUGUUGCUGAAUGCUGAGAUGAGCACUGAAAUUUAGAAAAAGCCAGAAAUUCAGCCAUUUUUUUUUAGCUAAUCGGACAUAUUUGCAUAUUUGUAUUGUCACAACUGGAAUUAUGUGCUAUCUUUCAACUCAAUUGGUUUUUGACUGAGAUCAUGAACAAACGAAACAUUUUUCGAAGUAAAAAAAAUAAAUAAAAU